AUGGUCACUUCGACUAGAAUAUUUUCGUUUGGCUUAGGCCAUUCACCUAGUCGUUCGCUUAUCAAAGGUCUUGCUCAUGCAACAAAUGGUCGUUUUGUUUUCAUUCCACCAGCUACCAAUGUUGACGUAUAUGUUGGUGAACAAUUGCAAAAAGCAUUGCAACCUUGCUUUUUCAAUGUUCAUAUUAAGUUGAAUCUCGAUUCAACACUCAUUGAUAUUGUUCCAAGAAGUGUACCAUCUGUCUUCAUCAAUGAUCACCUCAUUGUCUAUGUUCUUCUAAAAGACGACAAAUUAAUGUCAUUCAAUCAUGAUUUAAGUAUUGAAUUAUACAGCGAAGAAGGUCGUUUAUGUGAGGCUAAAAUAAAUCGAAUCCCGAGUGUCAGUGAUGAUGGAAUGAUUGCUCGAAUAGCUGCAAAAGCUCUCAUUUUGGAACUGCAGCACUCAAAACUACCUGCAUCUACCAAGAAGGACUUGAUACAUUCCCAACAAAUUCAACUCAAAGAGCAUGAUCAACAGCCGAUGGUAACAACGACUGAACAAAGAGUCAUGACAAAGGAACAAAUACAAGAAAGAAUCGUUGAAACAUCACUCAAACAUCACAUUUUGAGUCCAUACACAGCUUUUGUUGGUAUUGAAAAACGCAUCAAUGCAAGCAAUGCUGAUAUGAUCUUACGUGAAGUGCCUAUACAAAUAUCAGCCGAUAAUGCAUAUUUGAAAUACUUGCAGACAAUCAUCUCUCAAAUGCGUCAAGAUCAAGCUAGAGCUCAGAUGGAAUAUGCAAGUAUGGCUAAAAGAAGUCAAUUUGAUAUAUUCGAUAAAGGUAGACAGCCUUUACAGUCUCUUCUCAACAAUUACAUUAAUGUUCAAAGCCGAUUUGAUCGUACUUCAAUGGACAAUGAUGAAACACGACAACGUUUCGAUCGCACUCUCACAGAUUAUAAAGAAGCACUACAUCGUCUAGAUGUCAAUCGCUGUAAUUAUGAAGAAGCACUAGCUAGGUCUCACUGCGCUAUAAAUGAUUUUGAAGAAGCUCAGAAUCAUUUUGAUCGCAUAGACAUGGAUCAUCGAAAGGCUCACGAGCACUUUGAACACAUCGCCGCAAACUAUGCUGAUGCUCGACAGCAUUUUGAUCGUACUUGCAAGGAUUAUCUUAAGACUGAAGAGCAUUUUGAUCACACUCGCAUGGAAUAUGAUGCGGCUCGAAAGCAUUUUCAACCCAUUCCAAUGGAUGAUGGUGAAGCUCGACAACAGUUAGAUCAAACCAAAAUGAUUUGUGAAGAAGCUCGAAAGUAG